UUGAUUGGACGGUGCGGUUGUCCUCACGUGGUGGCUGACAGUCCGGUCUGCUGGUUUCUGGGCGCAUCGUAUGUGCGAUAUCGGCGACUGUACAGAUCGCUCCGCUCUUGAUUGCUGUUUUCUCGGUCUGCUGAUCCGAUCUCGGGGAGUCCUCCGCCUCACACGCGGCUGGGAGCCUGCAGAGCGCACGCAGGAGAUUUCACAAGAGAGGAUGGCCUGCUACUAAACAGACGCUAGGAAGAUGGCUUCGAAUGACGAUUUCAGAAGCAUAUUCUCAAGCUCAUCUCCCUGUUCCGGCUAAUGUCUCUGCUCACUCUACACGUAAGAGAGAGUUGGGCGCUGAAUUGGUGGCUGCCUCUUUUCUGUGAAGCAAGUCUGGGGAAAUGGCAUCCAUGCUGCUCACCAGGCCUAUCGCACAGGCCCUGCAACACAAAUCCAGGUUAUCUGUACCAUUUUGCAGAUACAUAAGCCAAGCAGCAGCCAAAAAGAAUGUUGAUUUUGAGUAUGAUAGUCCAUUAAUGAAGACAGAAGUCCCAGGACCAAGGUCAAGAGAGUUGAUUAAACAGCUGAAUAGUAUCCAGAAUGCAGAUGCUGUGAACUUUUUUUGCAAUUAUGAAGAUAGUCGUGGAAACUAUCUAGUUGAUGUUGAUGGCAAUCGAAUGCUGGAUCUUUAUUCCCAAAUAUCGUCCAUUCCCAUUGGUUAUAACCAUCCGGCCCUAAUAAAGGUUUUACAGCAGCCCCAAAAUUUGAGCACAUUUAUCAACAGACCAGCUCUUGGCAUCCUGCCUCCGGAGAAUUUCACAGAGAAACUGGAGGAGUCCUUGUUAUCUAUUGGACCAAAAAGUUUGAAGCAAAUAAUUACAAUGUCCUGUGGAUCAUGCUCUAAUGAAAAUGCUUUUAAGUUAAUAUUUAUGUGGUACAGAAACAAAGAGCGGGGCCACAGUAGUGCAACAAAAGAAGAGUUGGAGACUUGCAUGGUGAACCAGUACCCAGGUUGUCCAGACUACAGCAUUUUGUCAUUUAUGGGUGGUUUUCAUGGACGAACUAUGGGUUGCCUAGCAGCAACACACUCUAAAGCUAUCCACAAAUUGGACAUUCCCUCUUUUGAUUGGCCUAUUGCUCCAUUCCCAAGACUUAAGUACCCACUGGAGGAGUUUGUUAGGGAAAACCAGGAUGAAGAGGCUCACUGCUUGGAAGAGGUGGAGGACUUAAUUGUAAAAUACAGGAAAAAGAAAAAGACGGUUGCCGGAAUUGUUGUUGAGCCAAUUCAGUCAGAAGGAGGAGACAAUCAUGCUUCCGAUGACUUCUUCAGGAAACUUAGAGACAUCACCAGAAAGCAUGGAAGUGCAUUUUUGGUGGAUGAAGUUCAGACAGGAGGUGGAUCCACUGGUAAAUUCUGGGCCCAUGAACAUUGGGGGAUCGAUGACCCAGCUGAUGUUGUUUCCUUCAGUAAGAAAAUGAUGACAGGAGGUUUUUUCCAUAAGGAAGAGCUCCGGCCGGAUGCACCUUUCCGAAUUUUCAACACCUGGCUUGGGGAACCAUCCAAAACACUUCUGUUGGCUGAAGUUAUAAAUGUAAUCAAGCGUGAAGAUCUUAUCAACAACGCUAUCCAAACUGGAAAGGUUCUUCUAGAUGGACUUCUCGAUUUCCAGGCUCGAUAUCCACAUCUGGUGAGCAGAGCUAGAGGUAGAGGUACAUUCUGUUCAUUUGACACUCCAAAUGAAGCAACUCGAGCCAAGCUGAUAUCACAAGCAAGAAACAAAGGUCUUGUGCUAGGAGGUUGUGGUGACCGGUCAAUCCGCUUCAGACCUACCUUGGUUUUCAAAGAGCACCACGCACAUCUGUUCUUGAACAUCUUCAAUGACAUCCUGGCCGAUUUCAAAUAGAUGUGAAUGCCGCUGAGCUGCCUUAGUCCAAAGGGAGGAGCAGAUCAUGAAAUAAAUUCUGUUUAUGAAACUCUACUACUAAAUACGCACCAUACAGGUUUAACUUCAGUGGAGUGAGAUUUUUGCUCUCAAGCCAAAACAUUGUACCCAUAAAAAGUUGUAAUGUGCCACAAUAUCUAUUUUCAUAGGAAAACAAUACUUUUUUUUCUAGUGUACAGCAUACAGUGUUAAGGGAUGUUAUGGAUAUAUGAAGUUCAUUAAUAUUGUUAAACAUUAGAGCAGUUCUGGAACACUGAGACUGUUGAAUUACAUUUUUUUUUCUCCUUUGUUCAUUUAUGUUAUUGUUUUGACAGUAUUAGAAAUAGGACAGUAACACAAUUUAACACAAAUUAAGGUUUAUUUAAAAAAAAAAAAAGUCAGAUCUGUGUUUGUGUUGUCUUAUUAAAGUAGCUAUUAAUCAAACCUAGUAGGAAUUCUUGGCCUCUUCAUCUUAUAGUGUUGCCAUGGUGAGAGUUUGUUCUGUAAGGUAAGUUUCCUAGAGUGUUUGGGUUUUGGUUAGCUAAUAGAUUAGAUAAAGUGAGGACGUAGUGGGCUAAAUGAAAGACUCCCUACAUUGUGUGUUUUUUGCACUUAAUACACUAACUUAACCUUAAUUGUAUUUGCAUGAUAUACUCUACAUGAAUAUCUUGUACAAAUAACUUUUAAAUGUAAUAGAAUAUCUAAAUGAAAAACUUUAAUUGAUCACAAAUAUUUUUGCACACAUUAACGUAUUGAGCCAUUUACAUAGAUUAUAUCCAGUUAUUUCGUCCUAAACCUGCAUUUUAAUGUGAAUUUUGUGCAGAGUUUUAGGUGGUAUGAAAUAACUGUUGUUUAUAGGAGUAGUCAUGCACCAAAGUACACAAUACAAGAAAUAUUUUGUUUAACCUCACAAUGAACCAUAGGUUUGGUUUAUUGGCCUUUUUAAUGUGAAAAUAAAAACUUUGUGACUGCCACA